AUGUCUCUCGUUCCACCCUUCACAGAGGAGACCGCUCGAGCCAAGGUCAAAAAAGCGCAAGAUCUUUGGAAUUCUCAAAACCCAGAAGCAGUCGCUAAAGCAUAUACCGAAGACACUGUCUGGCGUAACCGCUCGACAUUUCUGCGAGGCCACGAAGAUGUAAAGUCCUUUCUAACCGCGAAAUGGGACAAGGAGAAAAACUACACGCUCCGGAAGGAACUAUUUGCCUUUUCUGGGAACAAAAUUGCAGUGCAAUUUUGGUACGAGUACCAAGAUGCCCACGACGAAAUGAAAUGGAAGAGAUGUUACGGCCUCGAGGAUUGGACCUUUGCCGAAGAUGGACGUAUGAAGAAGAGACAAAUGAGCGGGAAUGACGUUCAGAUUGACCAAGAACAAAGGUGGUUCAAAGACGGCAUUGACAUCAAUGCUAUUGAGAUCGGUGAGGAGCACUGGUGA